AAUCACUAUCUGCCAACCCCACCUUUCAUGUCCUCUCCUACCUCAGGAAAUUUCCCAUUUCGUUUUAUGCUUUCUUGCUCUUCAAAUCUCUAACCUCUUCGUACAGUUUUUUCUUGUUUUCAUUUAGAAACUGCCAGUAUCUAGUUUAGGUUGCAAAGAACUAAAGAAAAAAUGGUGGGUUCUUUUUCUAAAGGAUGGAAUAACAGUUAUGAUUAUUCAUUUAAGAUUCUGUUGAUUGGGGAUUCUGGGGUUGGCAAGAGUAGUCUUCUCUUAAGUUUCAUCUCCAACUCUGUUCGAGACCUUUCUCCCACUAUCGGUGUGGAUUUUAAAAUCAAGGUGCUCACUCUUGGUGGGAAAAGAUUGAAGUUAACAAUCUGGGACACAGCUGGGCAGGAGAGGUUUGGAACAUUAACAAGCUCUUACUAUAGGGGGGCACAUGGAAUAAUCCUUGUUUAUGAUGUGACGCGACGGGAAACCUUCGAAAAUUUGUCAGAUAUAUGGGCAGAGGAAGUGGAGCUCUACACUAAUCAGAAGUGUAUCAAAAUACUUGUUGGAAAUAAAGUUGAUAGGGAUAGUGAAAGAGUUGUAAGUAGAGAAGAAGGGAUGGCUCUUGCACAGGAGCAUAAAUGUUCAUUUCUUGAAUGUAGUGCUAAAACCAGGGAAAAUGUUCUGCAAUGUUUCAAAGAACUCACAUUAAAGAUAUCGGAGGUUCCUAGUUUAUUGGAAAAUGGUUCAGUAGUAGUGAGACAACAGAUUCUGAAAGAGAAACAAGUAUACCAGGCACCUCGUGGGGGCGGUUGCUGCUCCUAAUUAAACCGCCUGUAAUAUUACGACGCAAAAUCUAUGCCAAGGGCAAUUGGGUGGCCAGAUCUCCUUCACUCUCUGUCAACGAUUUCAUGCUCUUCUUAGAGAUCUAUUCUUAUGGUCAUCUUUACUGCUUCCGCUGUAACCUCUAAAAUUUUGGGAAGUUGAGUGCUGUAACAUCUUUUGCUUGUGAAUGCUGUUUCCAAACCGGUGUGCAUCACGCAGAGAAAAGUAGAUGCUUACACACAGUUGAGGGCAGAAAAUAAGAACGUUGUUAAAAUUGGCAGCACUUGUAUAGUAUAUUUUCAGGGAAAGUGGUUUUCAUCGAUUCUUUUAAAAGUACUGAAGUUUUCUCAGUGGAGGGAACACCACAAUCA